CGCUGUCUUUGUACGCUACUUUUAAACCCUGCGGUAACUCUUUAGUUGUCCAACAUUUAACGUUAUUUGAUUCGUUACCUGGCAACGUCGAAUUUCCAAAUGGAGACAGAUUAGCAGGCAAAAUCUGACAAACGCUGUGAAAAAGUCACGAUCUAAGACAACUAACGUGUCAAAGACUAACAAUGGCUGUGAAAAACACAGAGUCUGUUCUGAAAGAGUGCGAAAUGAAACACUGCCUGCCACAACUGUGUAAGGGCAUAUUGACAGCUUCAUGUCUGUCAUGUCCCAGUGACCCAAUACAGUUUCUGAAAGACACUCUUCUGGCCUUCCAGGGAAAUGAUAAUCUUCAGACUGUUGACUGGUACAAGCUUGUUGCUGAUCCCAAACAACACACUGCAAUAUCUCUGACACGUCGGACAAUGGACACACUCUAUAUGGGCCCAGGUGACAACACGGUGGACCUUUGUUUUUUGGAGAAGGCUUCAUCUUUUUACAGGAAAAGUUUAAUAAGCUCUUGCUUCAGGAAGUGGAAGAGGUUCACCGUGCAGAGCAAGACAGGUACCACAGAGCCAAUUCUGACAAUGGACAUGACAAAGGAACACUUUGAGAAGAAAUGCCAGCAGGUUGCAUUCACCAAAUGGUUGAACUGGGUAACAUUACAGAAGAAAGCAAAGACUGCUGCCAUCGAGAAACUUGAGACUCUUGUGAACACCUGGCAGCUCAGGCGCAUCGUAGUCACAUGGCAUCAUGCUACAAAGGACACAAAGACGACAAAAGAGCACUUUAAGAGAUUGAAAAUGAGUUUUACUGAAGUUGGCCACAAGGAUCACCAGACUGGAGAAAGACAUGAUGGACUCUCAGGGCUUCCCAGCAGUCUCUCACUGAAGAUCUUUCAGUAUUUAGAAUUACGAGACCAGCUAAACUGCGCUGCGGUAUGCUGCACAUGGAAAUCUAUCAUCCAGUCAGGUACACUGUGGAGUCAGAUCAACUUCUCUGCAGGUAAAGAUUGGAUAACAGACAGUACAGUGAAGCACAUUCUGCAGAGCUACCAACCAUUUGUGACCCAUCUCAACCUACGUGGCUGUACAUCCUUAAAAUGGCCCAGCCUCAAAUGUAUCAGUGUAUGCAGAAACCUCCAGGAGCUCAAUGUGUCGGAGUGUUUUAAUGUCACAGAUAUGUUGGUUCAGAAGAUAGUUGAGGGCUGUCCCUGCCUGCUCUACUUGAACCUAUCGUACACACUUGUAACAAACAAAACUCUACGAGAACUGUCCAGGAGCUGUCUCAGCCUCCAGUACCUUAGUUUGGCAUAUUGCUACAGAUUUACAGAUAAAGGCUUUCUGUACCUGACCACAGGGAAGGGCUGGCGCAAUCUCAUCCACCUCGACCUGUCUGGCUGUACCCAGAUGACAGUAAAUGGGUUCAGAUACAUUGCUGCCGGAUGCCCUGCACUCAGAGAAAUCGUGAUCAAUGACAUGCCAACGCUGUCUGAUAGCUGUAUCUUGGCCCUGCUUGCCAAAUGUCACUGUCUGUCUGCCAUUUCUCUGUUGGAUGCUCCUCAUCUUUCUGACGUUGCUUUCAAAGCCAUUGCUGAAGCAGCCAAACUGAAGACUUUUAGUACAGAGGGCAACAACCAGCUGACAGACGUCAGCUGGAAAGCUCUGUGCAGCAGCUCACAGGGCCUCCGCAAACUCCACGCUGCAGAAUGUCCCAGAAUGACUGAUGUCGGCCUCAGAUCUGUGGCCUCUCUCAAAAACCUGCAAUACUUGGACAUCUCAUUCUGCAGCAGGGUGAGCGAUGUUGGGAUAAAGUAUUUGACCAAAGGCUCAUCAGCCAAUAAACUGAAAGAGCUGAAUGUCAGUCACUGCAGUCACAUCACUGACACUUCUGUCAUGAGGAUUGCACAAAGGUUGUGUAACCUGUACCAUCUCGAUCUGAGUUACUGCGAGAGGCUCACUGACUCGGCUGUGGAGUGGCUGAGUGGCAGCUCUAUCUUCUCUCUUGACAUCUCCGGUUGCAACAUCCAGGAUCAGGGACUGGCUACUCUCGAAGGAAUUCGCUUGAAGAAGUUGGUUCUUGCUGAGUGCGUCUAUGUCACAGAUGCUGGCAUAGAGAAGCUGUGUAAGAAUGUGAGAGACCUGGAACAUGUUGAUGUUUCUCACUGUGCAGCUCUGACUGACGCUGCCGUCAGAAGCUUUGCAUUUUACUGCAGAGGUUUAGUCACGCUGCGGAUGUCAGAUUGUCCGAAGUUGACUGAUAUGGCAGUGCAGUAUCUGACAAGUGGAUCUCAGUACCUGCAAGAGCUUGAUGUGAGUGGCUGCAUUCUCCUCACAGAUCGCACAAUUCGACACUUGGAAAGGAUUUGUCCUCCACUCUGCUCCAUCACGAUGGCCUGCUGCAGUGGCAUCUCCAGGGCAGCUGCCUUAAAGCUGCAGUCACGUGUAGCAUACUGGGAGCACAGCAAUGAUGACCCCACAUACUGGUUUGGCCAAAUAGUGCAUCCAAUCAUAAAACCCAUCAGGACCAAUGAUACUUUGGAAGUACCGGAGCAGCACUCUGUGAUGACAACUGCAGCAACUACAUAAAGGACAUGAACAGCAGAGACAUUAUAUAAGAGAUAAUCCUCAUAAAUACCAAUCACAUAGCUGAAGUCCCAAAUCAAUGGAUUAAGUCUCACCUGUCUGUGUUUUCUGUUCUAAACCUGUCAGGAUACAGGCCCAGACUCAGUGACACAGAGGUAGCUGAAAUAUUGCUGUCAGAUCCUGACAGUGGAAUUUCCUGUGCUGUCCUGCCUUCCUUUUGAUCGGGCAGCUCACGUGCUGUUUCUACAUAAAUGCUAACACAUUGUAAAAGUGGAAGAAUUCUUUUAUAAGUGAAUUCAAAUAGUUUUCCUUUUCUCUUUAUAAUUUAUAGUGGUGAUAUGGCAUUUUUCCUCACUGGAAAACAGUGUACUGGGUUUAUAUGCAGAGUUUUCCAUGUUUUGCACACAGUCAUCAAAUUGCUGCAACUGCUAAAUUGUGAGUUUGUUUUAAACUCUGAAACAACUAAGUAAAUGUAGUAUAAACAUGUUUAGCAGUCUCCACUGGAGUGUUGUUGUCCCUGUAUGGAUAUCAGGGUUCCUUCCCUCGUUAAAAGAAAUUGUUCUAAUUAAUAUCACCAGAUGGUGUUUACCACCGACCAGUAAUUAUCACAAGUAAAAACCAUAUGUGAAUACAAAACCCGGCUGGCAUCUUUAGGAGAAAGACAUCACUGAUAUUUAUUUACAGAGCUUUAUGCUGCCAUAGCAUAAAUUGAACCACCUACAAAUUACAUUAGAAUUUGAGCUUGCUGGUGUUGCGUAACCAGUUCAACAGCUUGAGUUUUAAAUGGAAUUGUUUCUUUUUCUAAAUUUUGUGAGUUUAUGAACUGUCUAUGCACUUAAGUGUUGUUAAUUCUUAAGAUUGAACAAGCAAGCAAGCGUGUAAUCUCUUUAAUCAAAGGAAAUUUUCAGUGAGAUUGAGAGUGGUGGUGUGAACCUUUUGAUGAUUCAUUCAGUAGGAAAAUUUUUGUCUAAUAACCACAAUAAUGCUUGAUCUGAUCAUUUUCAUACUGGUUGGAAUGAAUAUAUUCUUUCUGCUUUCUCUUUCCAUUAUAUUCUAUCACUUAUCGGUAAACUCCUGCCAGUCUUUGCUUCACAUUUUGAUCCACUGACUCCUGUUCUUGGACAGAAGAAGGGACACUAAGUUUACUGUUCCUGAUCAACGGGCCUCCUGUUUAAAGAUUGCAGAAAAAUCACAUGCUGCAAAAGUUGCUCCUUACGUUAAUCUCGGUCAUUUUCUUCUAUUACAUUAAUUGCAUUUUUCAAUAAAACUUCUUCUUCUGACAUAUUUUUGGCAGAUUAGACACUUCCCAGCAGGCAGAACCACUUGCCGCAUGUCAAAAAAGUUGUAUUCCGAUUAAAAGCUUCAGGGCGCGCAAACACAUCUUAUUAGUUUACUCUAUUUAGCAUGCAUGUAAACAGCUAAGUUGGAAUCUCUUCUCAGGUAGGAGAAUAUUUCUCCUAUGUAGCUGCAACUAUUGUGUCGGAGAUGUCUUAGAAGUUAUCACUGUUUACUUAAUAUUGACUAAAAUUAGAGCCUA